GGACCCCUUAUCUGCAAGGACUUCCUGUCCCACCCACAUUCUCGUGUCGCUUCCGGGUGGCCCAAAAGCGUCAACUAGCAAGCCGUCGUUAUUUUGGCGCUGUAAACAAAAGUUAGAAAACGGUUAAGCUCCCACAACACGUGAAACGAAAAGACAUGCAUAUCAAAACAGGUACAUGGGAAGCCAGCAACACUUCGUGUGAGUCCGAUACCCUGUGUGAUCCAGCAGUCCUCGUAGCAGCCACCAACUCCGAUCCCCACAUUCGUAACCGCCGCCUGUCUCCCGGCUCGGGCAACUGUGGAGGUGGUGGAGGCGGAGGCUGCAUCUCUGGUGGUGACCAACAGCGCCGGCAGCUUUCUGCUGAAGGCAACCUCGUCGGACCCGGCCACCCGCACACUAUCAGCUUCCGCAGGGAAAAGGAGCGCAAGGGCCAUCAGCACAAAGGCCGCAGCCUCCGCAGGGAAAGUCAGAAGGGGGUCGGCCGAGUAAGCGAGCGGGCACAAAAGGCUAGCCAAAAGGAGAGGUGGGUGGAGGACAGUCUGUCGCUGCUCAAGCCCCCACCUGCCUUCCCGGUGCAGGACAGCCCCGCCAAGCUGCAGCCUGCCGUCAGCUACGCAUCCAAGGUGAAGGCGGGAGCACCGAGUGGGGGGCUGGAGGAAGACCGCCCUGCCAUCGGUGUGCUGCUACAGAACCAGUGGGGUCUCAGUUUUAUCAGCGAAGCGAGGCCAUCUACAGAGGUCUCCGGGCUUCGGCCCGCUAUCAACACCCUCCUUCCUCAGCCCAUAGACGCCGAACAGUCAGCAGGUCAACAGUUCGAAACAGUCCUCACAGGCCACUCUCCGGAAGACUGGUCUAUUCCAGUCACUACCUCCAUCACCCCCACCACACGCCCAGAGGUGGAAUUGAGCAACGGGAAGCUGCUGCUUAGUUGCCGUCAUCUAGUGGAGGCACUGCACUAUCACAGUAAAGAAUGGAAUGCUAUCUGCAACAAACAGAAAAAAGUUCCCAAACAAGUCGUCUGGUACAAGGAGACCUAGGAGCACCCUCCCCUAGCAUUGUAACACCACAACCCCGCGUAAAGAUGGACAAUUGUACGAGCCCUGUUCUCACUUACUCACACACACAAUGAGGUCUUCACGCAAAGCCGCACUGAGACACUUUGGACUAACUCUUGAGAUCUUACAGCAAUGGACUUUUUUUUAAACGCCUUACAGAAAGCCUGCCUUAAUUAAUCAGACCUGUUUUCAUCACCUCAUUACCAUUUUUAGCGUGUAUGUGUAUAACUGGUCAUUUAUUUUUCUUUUUAAAAGGAUCUUUGCUGAGCUGUAAUUUAAUCCCCCCCCUUUUUGAAAUUUGCAGUCAGUUUUAUCUUCUGUGAAGCGAGUGGUCAAUCAAGCACUUUGUCCCAAAAAAAAUCUGACUAAUCUGUGUGGGAAAAACCCUCACUGGAGCAGCCCCCCCAUCUCAAAUAGAAACAGAAGGUCUUGUAGGGUUUUAUGGUAAAUGUAUGCAGAUGACUUGUGUAUCUUGUGUCCUCAGUUUACAGAGAGGGGGGGGGGGGGUAGUCAAAGGCACAGUUCACCCUUAACCCAUCAGAUCUUAAUGCUGUGUCGUUUUUAUUUGGUCCCCCAGUUGGGUGAACAUUACUGAUUUAUCCAUAAGGGAUCUUACCAUGUUCAGUAAUAAAAGAAUUACACUGGAGGAGAAAUGUAAGUGAACAGUAUUGCUUAAUAAAAAUGAAUGAACUUGAA